GUUUUAGGCUCAAAGCACUCUGGAGGUUCAUUUCUUAAUUUAUUACGCAUAUCUGAAAUCCUAGUUGUUUCCCUUGUGGUGUGCAGCAUUGGAAGUGCUCUGGGGUUUCUGGAUCCUACACUGGGGCCUUUUGUAAAAGAAGAAUAUGACUUGGACUCAUUUCAAACUAGCUUGGUUUUCAUUGCAACUUCCCUUCCAUAUGGCAUUUGUUCACCUUUUCUUGGAUAUUUUACCAACAAUAGACCCAAUUUUGGCUGGUGGAUGAUGACAGCUUGCUCUGCUGGUGGAGCUUUGUGCUUUUGUUUACUUGGACCAAUUCCUGUCUUCAAAUAUAAAAUGGAACUGUGGCACUUCAUUACAGUUUUGGUUGUUAUGGGCAUUUUCUCUUCAGGGGCCUUUGUACCAAGUUUUGCAGGGAUUCUUUUAUCUGCAAAGAAUCAUGGAUUUGAAGAUAAUCUCAGAACACUGGGACUUGUUUCAGGCCUUUUCACAUCACUGUGGUCCUUGGGGAAUGUCAUCGGUCCAACCAUAGCAGGCAUUCUUUCUGAUGUGGCCGGAUAUAAGUGGGCCUUUGCCAUUGAAGGAAGCUUACUCUUUUUGGUAGCAAUAAUUAUGAUACUUUUCCAUUUGUGCAGCCAUAAAUCGAGAAACAGGUCACCAGUGCCUAAUCAACUAGAGCCACUAGAAGAAAAUUCUCCCCUACAGAGCUGAAGGAUAGUAGUUUAAUGAUUACCACACAGAUGUGUUUUACCAACAAUAGUAUAAUUUUAACAUUGCACUCCUGAAUGAUUUACAAAGAUGUUGGUUUGACUGACAGCUAACUGUGUAUAAUGUGAAACACAAAAAAGAUUGUGGGCAGUAUUAGUCUCCACAUGCCAAGCUGGAGAAUGGAAUAUAUACAAUUUCCUCCUUACUACAUGCCUGAGUUGCUUGAGAACCAAAGAUCAGAUAGUUACUGGACUGUUGCACUCUAUUCAAUGUUAUGAAAGCAUGAAGAAAUAAUUUUGAGUCCUGUCAAAUAAAAACAAAAAAGAUGCAUGCUUUCAGAUGUACGUGAUGUAGCAAGCACAUGUGUGCACUUUAUAGUAAUCAGAAAAUAAUGAAAAACAUUUUCUCAAAAUACCACUUUGCACAUACUGUAUCUCAGCAAAGUAACACAUAUGAGUGUAUUUUAAGGCAAAAGAAAACAAUAUUGGCCAUGACUUAACUUAUUAAAAUGUAUGCUUAUGCUUUCA